AUGCCCACUGAAGUUACAGAACAAUACUCUGAUGGAGAUGCUACAAGUCAUGCAAUGAUGAGUUUAAAAUCAAGGGGUAUUCGCUUUCCGGGUGGUGACAAUGAGAGCUUGGCAUCUAUUUUUACUCCUGCUCGUUCAACUUUUGUUCCAGAUGUCGAUGCUAGUCUCGACGAGCAGUUUCGACACGAGAUGCAGCUUGAGCGUGAUAUUCCUGUCCAAAGCUUUACAGCUGAACAAACAAAGAAAGCAUUUGAUGUGGCAAGAAACAACAUUGAACUUCUUUCAACUGUGUUAUCCUCAUCACCCCAACAAGAUGCUCUCGAGGAUGACUUGACGAAUACUCUUGUCCGGCAAUGUCGCCAGUCCCAGUCGACUGUUCUAGGAAUCAUCGAGACCGCUGGAGAUAACGAGGUCCUACUUUUUGAAGCUUUGAAUGUCAAUGAUGAUCUCCAGAAAGUUGUCUCAAAGUAUGAAGAGAUGAAGAAGCCAUCAGUCAGUCCUCAGGAGCUCGAACCUGCUAUGAUUCCCGUGACCGUUGAACCCGACAAUGAUUCACACCUUGAUACGAAACACGACGCCUUGGUUAGAAAACCGGCAGGUACAAGACAUGGGACUAGUGGAGGAAGCAGUGAGGACAUGAUGUGUAACACCCCCAACCUGGUUGUAAACACCAGUGUUGCUGAGUCGCUCAAAAAGUUUAAAAUUGAGCUUGACUCGAAAGUUAAGCCUGUGAGUGAUGGUAAUGGAAGUGAUGAGAUCCAAAAGGAGGUUGAAGAGGAUAUCGACAUUACAAAUGAGGACAUAAUAAUGGGAACUCAAUUUGGGCUUCCAUCUAUCCAGCUUUUAGAUCGAGCAAUACAAGUUAAUGGAAGCUAG